GAUGGAUUAGAGCUGUGGCGUUAAUGUGUAGCGCAGCUACCGCAGGCUUGUCUGUAGUUGUAGGGCAGGUGACAGAACAAGGGACGGGACGAGAUACAGAACAGGGACCUGAGACGCUGCCGAGUCAUGGUGGAGUCAAAUGAUGAGCUGUACGGAGAGUACAGGGAACAACUGGGAAACUUCGCCCGACGGGAGGCGGCCCGUUUGCUGAGAGAGAGACAAUGGCGCAGACAGGCAGGAGAGAACAAUGCCACGACGGCACGCAAAGGGGCCGGGCGGCGGCAUCAACAUCAUCAUCAUCAUCCCGUCUCCUUAGAGUCACAUCACAGUCACCAGUCAUCAUCCACCAACAAGCCACACCCUUACUCCAAAUGUCAAGAUUGUUUGGCUCGUGUGAGGCGGUACAUCGUGACCAAGAUGGGCGAGGACUGGAUCUUCCUGGUUCUCCUGGGCCUGACCAUGGCGCUGGUCAGCUGGAGUAUGGACUACGCCAGCGCCAAGAGCCUACAAGCCUACAAGUGGAUACAUGGGGAGCUGAAGGGCAACGUGGCGCUGCAGUACCUGGCCUGGAUUAGCUAUCCCAUGAUCCUUGUCAUGUUCGCUUCGCUCUUCUGCCACCUGGUUUCCCCGCAGGCCAUCGGUUCCGGUAUUCCUGAGCUUAAAACCAUCCUGAGAGGGGUGGUCCUGAAGGAGUAUCUGACCUUGAAGGCAUUCGUGGCGAAGGUCAUUGGACUGACAGCGGGUUUAGGCAGUGGGAUGCCGGUGGGCAAAGAGGGUCCAUUCGUUCACAUCGCCAGUAUCUGCGCCGCAGUCCUUAGUCGCUUCAUGUCCAUCUUCUCUGGCGUCUAUGAGAACGGCACCCAUAACCAGGACCUGUUGGUGUGUGCGUGUGCUGUGGGAGUGGCCACUUGUUUCGGUGCCCCCAUAGGAGGGGUGUUGUUCAGUAUUGAGGUCACGUCUACCUACUUUGCAGUGAGGAAUUACUGGCGGGGAUAUUUUGCCGCCACAUUCAGCGCCUUCAUAUUCAGGGUGCUCUCUGUGUGGAACAAGGAUGCUGUCACAAUAACUGCUCUCUUCAAAACCAACUUCCGCAUGGAUUUCCCCUUUGACCUGCAAGAGCUGCCAGCAUUUGCAAUAAUAGGGAUCUCAUGCGGCUUCUUAGGGGCGUUCUUUGUCUACCUGAACAGACAGGUGGUUCUGUUCAUGAGAAGACCGACGGCGCUCACACGCUUUCUGACGAAGCAUCGGUUGAUCUAUCCAGGCGCAGUCACACUGAUCAUCGCCACCUUCACAUUUCCUCCAGGAUUCGGACAGUUUAUGGCAGGCGAGCUAAUGCCCCGAGAGUGUAUCAACUCACUUUUUGACAACUUCACUUGGACCAAAAUCUCCCCGUCAUCGCUUCCUCCCGGCUUGGGACGCUCCGCCGUGUGGCUUCACCCUCAAGUCAGCGUUUUUGUCAUCCUCCUCCUCUUCCUUGUCAUGAAGUUCUGGAUGUCAGCAGUUUCCACCACCAUGCCCAUCCCCUCAGGCGCCUUCAUGCCAGUGUUCAUAUUAGGAGCCGCUUUCGGUCGCCUCGUAGGGGAGAUCAUGGCCACGUUGUUCCCAAACGGAAUCCUAUUUGAUGGGAUUGUGUACCGCAUCCUGCCGGGAGGUUACGCCGUCAUUGGUGCGGCGGCCAUGACGGGAGCCGUCACGCAUACAGUUUCCACCGCCGUGAUCUGCUUUGAGCUGACGGGUCAGAUUUCUCACAUCCUCCCCAUGAUGGUGGCGGUCAUUCUCGCCAACAUGGUGGCUCAGGGUUUGCAGCCUUCACUCUAUGACUCCAUCAUCCAGGUGAAGAAGCUGCCCUACCUGCCCGAGUUGGCCCUGGGUCACAUCAGCAAGUACAACAUUUUUGUGGAGGACAUCAUGGUGCGGAAGGUCAAGUUCUUGUCGUCUCGCUCUACCUAUCGUGAACUGAAUCAUCUGCUGGAGACCACAACAUUAAAGACCAUCCCCUUGGUUGACUCCAAAGAAUCCAUGAUUCUCCUGGGCUCCAUCGAGAGGACGGAGCUUCAAGCCGUCAUCGACUGGUGGCUCUCAACAGCCAGGCGGGUCUUUGAAAGAGGUCAGGGUUCUCCAGCCCAGGACUCCAAAAUCAGCUGGGAAUCGUUCACCUUUGUAGACGAGGAGGGUGGAGAAGAGGUCGCGGAGAAGAGUGGAGCGGUCCCAGAUGAAUGUAACGGUCCCAUCCCGUCUUCGAAAGCUCAGGAAACCUCCAGCAAUCAUACAAGCUCAGACAAGCGUAAAACACCUUCUGUCAAGAGGACUCUUCAGAGACUCUUCUCCUCUUCGUCAUCGACAGGACAGACUGACACUCAGGAGACACCAGCCCCAACAUUAAAUGACACCAUGUCCCCAGAGGAGAUCAAAGCCUGGGAGGAGACCGAGAUGGACAAACCGAUGGACAUGGAACAGAUCCGCAUUGACCCCUCCCCUUUUCAGCUGGUGGAAAGAACGUCUUUGCACAAGACCCACACACUGUUCUCUCUGCUGGGUCUCAGUCACGCCUACGUCACAAGCAUUGGCAAGCUGGUGGGUGUGGUCGCACUCAAAGAGUUACAGAAAGCCAUCGAGGGCUCAACUCGGAGCGGCGUGCGCCUCCGUCCGCCAUUGGCCAGCUUCCGAGACGCCAGCAGGAAAACCAAGAAGCACCAGCCUCCUUCCUCCACCCCUUCCUCUCCCACGUGGGACAGAGACCUUUGGGGCGAGGGCAGCAGAAGAGAGGGGGAGCUGGCCAGGAAGGAGUCCAAGGAGGAUUCCAGAGUAGAGAUGUCCGCCUGUGACGCUCCCUCCUCUUUUGGCACCACGGGGAGCGGUGAAGGUGACUCGGUCACCACUCACGAGCCGGUCUUACCUUCCACUUCCUCCCCAGUCUCGGCAUCACCCACAGAUUCUCCCAGCUCACCCUCCAGUCCUGUCCUCACGCUGUCCUCUCUGCAGGAGGAGCGGGAGAGCGAGGAGUCGGACGAGCCCAUCUAGGAAUAACAAACUUUGUUGCUGGGUGAUGUUCCUCAAACUUUUUCUACUUUUUUUUUUUCAUUUUUCAAAUCUCAGGUGCCUUUUUUGUGUCUUUGACAAACGUUUGGCUCCUUCAUCUUCAUCUCUGUCCAUCUAUAAGUUGAUCCAUGUGUCUGCUUAUUCUCACUAGGAUCCUCCUUAAAAGACUUGCAGACGUUUAUGUUUAUGAUGAUGGAAUAUUAUAUUGAAAUAGACUUAAUUUUACUGACCUCCAGGAGACAGUUAAUGUUAAUUUAAAUUCAUGAUUCACUUAAAUAUAUAUUAAAAUCAUCUAUAAUGAUCUGUAAUUUGUAAAAAUAAUAAAAGGGGAUAAAUGGUUACUCAUUUAUUACAUUUUGUGAAAAUAAAUGUAUUAAUUUUAUAAAUUUUGUCUAUUUUAAUUCUAUUAUUCUGAUUUUUUUUCUAUUAUCGGCAACGGUGAAAACAAUCGAUAUAUAUUUUUUUGAAAAUUAAAUAUUACUUUUAAUGGGAGGAGAGAAUUUUUGAUUGUGUUUUCACAGAGUUGUCAUAGCAGACGUCUGCGUGGAUUAUCUCAAAUUCCCGUACCUGAUGUCGUACUUCUUGAGACAGACUGGUUGAGACUGAUUCAACAGCGCCUCUACUGGUUGCAGCUGAGUAGUGCAUUUUGCCUCUAUUGCUUCGAGACACAAUUACACAACUGCA